AUGGCGGAACAAUGCCGUGCUCCGGAACCAUUUUCGUUUACUGGUGAUUUACCUGCAAAUUGGAAAUUGUGGAAACAGAAAUUUCAAUUUUAUCUAUUAGCAAGUGGGAAGAGUGAUCAAAAAGACGAUGUAAAAAUCGCGAUUCUACUUAACUUGUUGGGCGAGUCAAUUGAUCAGUUCAUUACCGCGCUGAGACAAUUAGCGAGUUCUUGUGAGUUUGUGGAAAAAGAUACAUUAAUACGUGACAGAAUCGUGUUAGGGGUAAGAGAUCCUCGAAUUCAAGAAAGACUCCUACAAGAUCCCAACCUGGAAUUGAGUGACGCGAUAAAUACUUGCCGAUUGAUGGAGAGUAGUGUUCUUACUCAAAAAGAGAUUAACAAAGAACAUGUGACAGUGAGUGCGCUUAAGCAACGGUUCAAAAACAGUAGUGGACCACAAAGUGAUUACAGACAAGUGCGCGAAUCGAGCGAUCACUCAACGGGAGGUUUCGGCCAAGUAGCGGGAUACUCAGGUGGUGCUGGAGGUCAACAAAAAGGUAACCAUCCGUGCUCUAAUUGUGGGCGACAACACAAAUUUGGUAAGUGUCUCGCAUUUAAUAGAGUGUGCAGUUUUUGUAAGCAAACUGGACACUAUCGUAAUUUUUGUAAGAAAAAGUCCAAUAUUCAUGAACUAAUUGAACAGUUUGGUGAUCUCGAGUUGGACGAAGAUGAAGAUUUUGCUACCGAGCAAAAUGCAGACUCUAACCUAAUCGUGUGGACAAUCACAAAUUCGGACAUUAGUGCAAUUGACUGGGUAAAAGUGUUGAACGUUUCGGGAGUAAAUAUUGAGUUUAAAAUCGAUACGGGAAGUCAAGUCAAUACACUAAAUAUUUUCGAUUUCAAAUCCUUAAAUAUACCAAUUAAAAAACUAACGAAUGCAUCUUCAGUUUUAGUAUCGUAUUCGGGUCACAAAAUUAAUGUGAUGGGACAAGUUUAUCUAAAAUGUAUGUACAAUGACCAAAGUCAUAUUUUGUUGUUCUACGUGAUUGACGAUCCCAAAAUAUCCUCAAUUUUGGGAUUAAAUGCAGUGCGAGAAUUAAUCAUUAUACCAAAAACAAUUGCUCGUAUAAAUAAGACACUUAGUCUGGAUGCGGUUAGUAAAAAGCUACCAGACAUUUUAAUGCCUUGUGUAAGUGCACCGCGAAAAAUUCCUAUCGCUCUUAGAGAUAAAGUGAAAGCAAAGCUGGACCAAAUGGUUCGCGAACAAUUAAUAAUUCCCAUAACUGAACCUACCGAUUGGGUUCACCCUAUAGUGGUUGUGCAAAAACCAGACAAAAACGACAUUAGAAUUUGCAUGGACCCUCGUGCGUUAAAUAAAUACAUUAAACGUGAAAUUUUUCAAAUACCCACCGCGGACGUUUUAUUUUCGCAACUCGGAGGUGCUAAAUAUUUUAGUAUACUUGAUGCUUCGUCUGCAUUUUUGCAGAUACCCUUAACGCAUAACAGUUCAUUGUCAUGUACAAUAGCUACCUGCUUUGGCAGAUAUCGAUACUUACGUCUUCCAUAUGGUAUUUCAUGCGCACCGGAAAGUUUUCAAAGAUUCAUUUUUGAAAUACUGGAGGGAAUUCAAGGCGUGUCAUCCUACUUCGAUGACAUUCUCGUUUUCGGAAAAACAGUAGAAGAACAUAACGAAAAUCUAAAUAGUGUUCUUAAAAGAAUUAAAGAUAGCGGUCUUACCCUAAAUCGUGAAAAAUCAAAAUUCUGUGUUAAGGAAUUAACAUUUUUGGGUCAUACGAUCAGUAAACGUGGCAUAUCACCUCACCAAAACAAAAGGCGUGCUAUAUGUGAAAUGAAAUCACCCAAAAAUAAAAAAGAAUUACAGAGGUUCCUUGGUAUGAUUGUCUACCUUUCUAAGUUUAUUCCAAAUUUGUCGAGCGAAACCAAUACUCUCAGAAAUCUUCUAAGUGAAAACACAGAAUGGCAAUGGACUUCGGUCGAGGAAGCAACAUUUAAUAGGCUCAAACAAUUAGUUUCCUCAGCUACAACUUUGACUUUCUUUGAUCCGAAAAAGGAGAUCAAAUUCAAAUUUGCAAGCGUGUCAUUAACUCAGACUCAGCAACGAUACAAUCAUAUAGAAAAGGAGUUACUAGGACUCGUAUUUGGUUGUGAGCGUUUUAAUUACUAUUUGAGCGGGCAAAUUAAUUUUAUAAUCGAAAGUGACCAUCGUCCACUUAUUGGACUAUUAAAAAAACCUCUAGAUGAAAUGUCGCCGCGAAUCCAGAGACUUGCGAUAAGACUUCUUCGAUAUCAGUUCACACUUUCGUUCGUUCCGGGAAAGUGCCUUCAGGUACCAGAUGCGCUUAGUCGUGACCCCACAGACGACAUUAUUAAUACCGAAUACUUGGAUUCUAAGUUCAAAUUGUUUUCUGUUAUAGCAGUUAAACCUGAAACAGAAAACAAAAUAAAGGAGGCUGUUCAUGCCGACCCUAUAUUAAUUGAAAUUAAAAAUUAUGUAUUGCACGGAUGGCCCAAACAUCAAAUACAAGUUUCUGACGGUGUGAAGCAGUAUUGGCCUGUGCGAAAUGAUACACAUCUCCACGAAAACCUACUUUUUUACCAAAAGCGGCUAAUUUUACCUGCAAGUCUUAGAAAUGAGUUUCUAAAUUUAAUCCAUAAAUACCAUCAAGGUGUGAAUGCUUGCAAGAAAUUGGGCCAGGAUGCCAUCUAUUAUCCAGGAUGGUCAUCAGACAUCGAAAAGAUGGUUCUCGGUUGUCAGUUGUGUCAAUCGUAUGCCAAGUCAAAUGCGAGAGAACCACUGUCUCCACAUGACGUACCUGACCGACCUUGGCAAAAAAUUGCCAUUGACUUUAAAGCACUAUUCUCUCAAGAUUUCCUAGUUGUAGUAGUAGUUUUAGUAAGUUUGCUGUGGUUAACAAAUUGCCCAACAAAACAGGUAACACUGUUAAUCUCUUGCUUGAAGAAUAUUUUUGCAAUUAAUGGAUUGCCUGAAGAAGUAUUUUCCGACAAUGGACCUCCGUUCAAUUCAUGGGACUUUAUAGAAUUUGCAAAUAGGUAUGAUAUAAAGUUAACUACAUCUAGUCCUCGAUAUCCGAGAUCUAAUGGAAUGGUUGAGAGAACAGUACAGACUGUAAAAAGUCUUUUAACAAAGUGUCUCCUAGAAAAAGAAGAUCCAUUCGCCGCCAUAUUAAAUUAUAAUGUUACUGCCAAACAAAACUUACCUUCUCCUAGUGAGCUGCUGAUGGGAAGAAGAUUAAGGACAUCUUUACCCGUUAGUUGUAAACUUCUCGAGCCUAAGUUCCCAAUUCGAGGUAGUAAGGAUCAGCUAAAACUUCUACAAGAAAGGCAAAAGGCGUACUAUGACGUCUCAACGAAAAAGCUGAAUGAGUUGGAGCCACAACAAGACGUUUUCGUUCAAGAAGGUAUACGUAAUUGGAAACCUGGCGUUGUAAUGAAGAAAUCAGGCCCUAACGACUACAUUGUUCGCAUAGGUGAAGCGGAUUACCGGCGGAAUAGGCAACAGAUCAAUCCCAGACGGAUGAGCGAAGAAACUCUGAAGUGCGAACCUGAAGUGAAAGUGGGCACUACUUCCAGUGAGACAAACCCGAUUGUGACGAGUGACUAUUAUACCAGAAGUGGCAGACUUGUUAAAAUACCAGACCGAUUAAUAAUGUAA